AAGAUACACUAUACUCAUGGAAUGCGAAGGACCGCAAAGUCUAUGGUCUGUGUUAACAAAGCUUCAGAGCCAGUCCCACCAUGCAACAGUGAGCUAGCAGUAGCUAGCCACCACAUUUGACUCUGUGUGUACAAUGAUCAACUACACAUCCGGACUGAGUGUAUGGAAGAUGGCGACACUUAUCCUCCCUGUUGAAUGGAUCAAAAACUGGGAAAAAUCAGGAAAACACGAGUUUGUACAACUUUGCAAAGAACUUGCACAGAAGAAAGAUCAUGGAUGUGAGAUCCGGGAUAUACAGGCCGCCUUUUACGAGAUCUGCUGGCAAGUUGUCCAGGGGAACCUGAAGUCGGAUCUUGUCGUUAGUGUCCUUGCAGACACGAUGGAACUCAGAGAAGACAUGACAUCAAUUUUAGCUGAUGUUUUCAGUGUACUAGAUUUAGAGACUGGUGCACUGGAAGACAAAAAUAAACGUGACCAUUACACACAACUGGUAGGAGCAUGUUUGUUUUUUGUUCCUGAGGCCAUCCUGAAAGAGAGGCUGGAUCCAGAAACUCUUGAAUCUCUUGGACUUAUAAAACAAGCCCAUCAGUUCAAUCAGAAGAUUGUAAAAAUCAAGACUAAACUAUUCUACAAGCAACAGAAAUUUAACUUGCUAAGGGAGGAGAAUGAGGGCUAUGCCAAACUAAUCACCGAGCUUGGCCAAGACCUGUCAGGCAACAUCACCAGCCGCCUUGUCCUGGAGAGCAUCAAGUCCCUCAUAGGAUGCUUCAACUUAGACCCUAAUCGCGUCUUGGACAUAAUCCUGGAGGUGUAUGAGAGUCGAUCUGACCAAGAUGAGUUCUUCCUGUCUCUCAUCGAGUCCUACAUGUGUGAACCACUCACGCUUUGCCACAUCCUGGGAUUCAAGUUCAAAUUCUACCAGGAGCCCAAUGAGGAAACCCCCAAGUCUCUUUACCACAUUGCUGCUGCUCUGCUUCAUCACAACCUGAUAGAGCUGGAAGAUCUCUAUGUGCAUCUUAUGCCACUAGAUAACGUCAUCACAGAGGAACACAAACGAGACAUCUCAGAGGCCAAGCAGAUUGCUCGCAAGCUGGUGAUGGUUGUGUUGUCCUCAGAGAAAAGUGAUGAUAAAGAAAAGGACAAAGAGAAGGAGGAGGAGAAAAAUGAGAAGCCGCCUGAUAACCAGAAACUUGGUCUGUUGGAAGCGCUGCUUAGAAUUGGAGACUGGCCCCAUGCCCAGAGUAUUAUGGACCAGAUGCCUUCCUUCUAUGCUACUUCUCACAAGACUAUUGCACUGGCACUCUGCCAGCUUCUGCACCUGACUGUGGAGCCUCUUUACAGAAGGGCUGGUGUGCCUAAAGGGGCAAGGGGAUGUAUAAUGCGCCCUCUGAGGAACACGCGGGCCCCUCGGCCUGCAGAGAGCUUUGAAGACCUGCGGAGGGACACGUUCAGUAUGCUCUGCUACCUGGGCCCUCACCUCUCUCAUGACCCUAUCCUCUUUGCCAAAAUUGUGCGACUGGGCAAGGCCUUCAUGAAAGAGUACCAAAGUGAAGGGAGAACUGAUGUCAAAGACAAAAUGGAAACACUGUUGAGUUGUUUCCUGAGCAUUGCAGACCAGGUGCUACUCCCUUCUCUCUCCCUGAUGGAGUGUAAUGCUUGCAUGUCUGAGGAACUGUGGGGGCUCUUCAAGCUUUUUCCCUACCAGCACAGUUUUUUUUUGUUUUCUCUGUCCCUCCCCCCCCCCGAGACAUACUCUAGCCAUCCACUGUUGGUUAAAGUCAAAGCUCAGACUGUGGAAAGGGCCAGAUACAUCAUGAAGCGGUUGACCAAAGAGAAUGUGAAACAGUCUGGAAGGCAGAUUGGCAAGCUGAGCCAUAGCAAUCCCACUAUCCUCUUUGAUUAUAUGCUGUCUCAGAUCCAAUGGUACGACAACCUCAUUGUUCCAGUGGUGGACUCCUUGAAGUACCUCACAUCGCUCAACUAUGAUGUCUUGGCCUAUUGCAUCAUUGAGGCUCUGGCCAAUCCCGAGAAGGAGAAGAUGAAGCAUGACGACACCACCAUCUCUUCCUGGCUUCAGAGCUUGGCAAGUCUCUGCGGGUCUGUGUUCCGAAAAUACCCAAUUGAGUUGGCUGGCCUUCUUCAGUAUGUCACCAAUCAGCUCAAAGCAGGGAAGAGUUUUGACCUGUUGAUCCUCAAAGAGGUGGUGCAGAAAAUGGCUGGCAUUGAGAUCACAGAUGAGAUGACAUCCGAGCAGUUAGAGGCCAUGACAGGAGGAGAGCAACUCAAAGCUGAGGGUGGCUACUUUGGCCAGAUCAGGAACACUAAGAAGUCAUCACAGCGUCUGAAGGAUGUACUGCUUGACCAUGAGCUGGCCCUGCCACUGUGUCUACUUAUGGCCCAGCAACGAAAUGGUGUGGUUUUCUGUGAAGGUGGAGAAAAACAUCUUAAACUUGUCGGCCACCUCUAUGACCAGUGUCACGACACAUUGGUGCAGUUUGGUGGCUUUCUGGCUUCCAACCUCAGCACAGAGGACUACAUCAAGCGGGUUCCCUCUAUUGACGUGCUUUGUAACCAGUUCCACACUCCACAUGAUGCUGCUUUCUUCUUGUCUCGCCCUAUGUAUGCCCAUCAGAUUUUGUCUAAGUAUGAUGAGCUGAAGAAAGCAGAGAAGGGUAACCGGCAGCAACAGAAGGUACACAAGUAUGUGGCAGCCUGUGAAUAUGUGAUGACGCCGGUGCAUGAGGCUGUGGUGUCCCUCCAUCCUGCCAGGGUCUGGGAUGACCUUCGCCCUCAAUUCUAUGCCACCUUCUGGUCCCUCACUAUGUACGACCUUGCAGUGCCUCAGGCUGCUUAUGAGCGUGAGGUCAACAAGCUAAAGGUCCAGAUCAAAGCCAUCGAGGACAACCCAGAAAUACCCUUGAAUAAGAAAAAGAAGGAGAAGGAACGUUGUACUGCUCUGCAGGAAAAACUGCAGGAAGAGGAGAAGAAGCAGGUGGAGCAUGUCCAGAGGGUUCUACACCGCCUCAAACUGGAGAAGGACAACUGGUUAUUGGCCAAAUCUACAAAGAACGAGACCAUAACAAAGUUCCUGCAGCUCUGUCUGUUUCCUCGCUGCAUCUUCUCCUCCAUCGACGCUGUGUACUGUGCCCACUUUGUCGAGCUGGUCCAUCAACAGAAGACGCCCAACUUCUGCACCCUCCUGUGCUACGACAGGGUGUUCUCUGCUAUCAUUUACACUGUGGCCAGCUGUACGGAGAAUGAGUCUCACCGCUAUGGACGUUUCCUCUGCUGCAUGCUGGAGACGGUGACCCGUUGGCACAGUGACCGUUCAGUCUAUGAGAAGGAGUGCGUUAAUUACCCUGGCUUCCUGACAAUCUUCAGAGCCACAGGCUUCGAUGGAGGGAACAAAGCAGAUCAGCUAGAUUAUGAGAACUUCAGGCAUGUAGUGCACAAAUGGCACUACAUGCUGACUAAAGCUUCAGUUCACUGCCUGGAGACGGGAGAUUACACACAUAUUCGGAACAUUCUCAUUGUGCUUACCAAGAUCCUGCCCUGCUACCCUAAGGUCCUGAACCUGGGCCAAGCACUGGAGUGCCGUGUCCACAAGAUUUGCCUUGAGGAGAAGGACAAGAGGCCAGACCUCUAUGCCUUAGCAAUGGGUUAUUCAGGUCGGUUGAAAGCCCAGAAGGUGCACAUGGUCCCUGAAAAUGAGUUUCACCACAAGGAGCAGCCAGUACGCAGUGCCACCCCUGCCAAUCAACAGAACGGCCCUGGCAGCACAGGCAAGCCUGCCACCAGCACGAGCAAGACAGAGGAGGGGACAUCAGAGGAUAGUGAUCGGGGAAAGGAUAAAUCGCAGGGGACCACAAAACCAGUGAACAAAGCCAAUAGUGCAGCAGCCAAAGUGACCACCAGCAAUGGAAACAGUGCUGUCAACAGCACCAAAGUUAUUAAAGAGCGGGAUGACAAAGAGAAGAGCGGAAAGGAGAAAAAAGAGAAAAAGGAAAAGACACCAGGCACCACUCCUGAGACUAAGGUGGAGAACCGUCGGGAGAAGCAGAGAGACGAGAGAACAGGGAAGGAGGAGCGGGUGGCACGUGAGGGUAAGGAGAAGACCCCCAAGGCAGACAGGGAGAAAGUGAAGGCAGAGGAGAAGAGCAGCAAAGACGACAAGGCCAAAGCCGGCAACGGGGAGCCCGUGGAGCCAUCCAGGGAGCGCGACGCCAUCAAGGAGCCCAAGAACAAGGAGAAAGGAGACAGGAGUGCUGUGGCCGGGGCCCUGAAGUCACAAGUUCCCAGAUCAGAGUCAGCCGAAUCUGAGAGGGAUAACAAAAGACGAAAGCUCGACAGUCACUCUUCUCCGUCCCACUCCUCGUCUGUUAAGGACAAUAACAACGAACCCAAGGAGUCGACAUCCAAGCACCAUGUCAACUACAAUUCAGUAGCCCAGUCCAGAGAGAGGGAGACAGAGAAGAAAGACGCAGAGAGCACACAAGGCCGAUCCAAAGAGAAGAAGGAAGAAAAGGAUCGCAAAGAGAGGAAAAGAGACCACACUGUCAAUGACCAAGAGACGAGCCAAGAAUCCAAACGUAGGAAGGAUGAGAAUGGAACUAAUUCUUCCAAAAACAGCAAGAGUGUGAGUCCGUCUGACUCCCCACUUUCAGCUGAAAAAGAGAAGAGUAAAAGAUCUAAAUCUUCCAGUAAAGAGAAGGCAGAGUCUGUGAAACCUGAGCGAAUGUCCUCUGGAGGCAAAAAGGAGUCCAGACACGAUAAAGAGAAAUCUGAGAAGAAAGAAAAAAGGGACAGCAGUGGAGGAAAGGAUGAGAAAAAGCAUCAUAAAUCCUCUGACAAGCACAGAUAAUGUGCACUAAUCAGUGAAAGGUAAGAUGCAUUCAGCUUCUCUGCGAACAGCUCUCAGCGCAACAACCCAGUCAUCAGUGUUUGAUGU